CAGUGAUAUUGAUGCACCAGUCAAAAGCCAAGCCUGCAUGCACCGAAGAUGUUCCUGAGCUUGCACGUGACCGUCCACGCUAACUGUCUGGACGCCAAGCCAGCCUGGGGCAGGCGGCAGUGGUCCAAGCUUCCCGCUGCAUUGCUGGAGUGCGUCGUUGCGUCGGCUGUCUCCAUUGAACCAGGAAGCAGCGUCUCGAGUCUCCAACUGACGAACAUCCCACUCGACCUCACAGCGCCUGGCUCCCCAACUUUUGCCAGUUUCCCUGCGCUUCAUACUAUCGUCGCCAACAUUCUGAUUCAGUCUCUUGUCUACAAGCUAUAACCAUGGCCGAAAUCAUGGCCGAUUCGGAACUUGCCCCCAAGUUCGCGCCGUUCAUUGGCAUGGCCGGCAUCGCAGCCGCCAUGAUCUUUGGCAGCGCGGGCGCUGCAUAUGGCACAGCCAAGUCUGGCAUCGGUAUCGCCGGCGUGGGUACCUUCCGGCCGGACCUCAUCAUGAAGUGCUUGAUUCCCGUCGUCAUGUCCGGUAUUAUUGCCGUUUACGCCCUCGUUGUAGCUGUCCUGAUUGCACAAGAUCUCGGGCCGCCAGGAUCCGGCCAACAUUACAGCUUGUUCAAUGGCUUCAUGCAUCUUGCAUGCGGUCUUUCAGUCGGCCUCACCGGUCUCGCCGCGGGCUAUUGCAUUGGUAUCGUAGGCGACAAGGGCGUCCGUUCGUUCAUGCUACAGUCGAGGAUCUUUGUCGGCAUGGUUCUGAUCCUCAUUUUCGGCGAAGUCCUUGGUCUUUAUGGCCUCAUUGUUGCCCUCAUCCUCAACACCAAGAGCAAGGGCUAAAUAUUUGACUUCGAGUUGAGUUUUCGAGGGGCAACCAUCCCAGAAAGAAAUCGAGAGAAAAAUAAGGUUGUGGUUUACUAUCGGUGUACACAAACUUGGUAUGAGCAAGGACUGGACGGGAUAUGCGCUCCAACAACGAAAGCACGAGCCUUGUUCAGGAAAGGAUGAGACGUACGACAGCUGAAUGGAUGGGUACAUUGGGGGCGCUGACCCGAAAGUGUUUAGCAUUUUGGCCUGGCGUUUAAACGGGAUUGCUGUUGCUACUUGGCUUAUUUGUUUUGGGUUACGGUCUUGGUCGGGUCGAAGUAGAAAUAUAGAGGCAGAAGUCAACAUUAAUUGAUGUUGAUGGUACGGCAUGCCAGCACCUGUGUCUUUGGCAUUUCAUCCCAUCUGGUCUUGUCAUCGCAUAAAAGAACCCU